AGUGAGCCGAUAUCAUGCCUGGGCGACAAGAGCAAAACUCUUUAUCAAAAAAAAAUCACUCCGCUGUCUAGAGAAUGGAAUAUAGGCAAGCAAGAAUGGAAACAGAGAGAUUAUUAGGAGGCUAUUGGAGAAUAAUGCAGAUGAGAGAUAUUACACUGAACUAAGGAAGUGGUAGUAAAGGUGUAAAGAAGAUGGAUUUUUUGGAUUUCGCGCCAAACUUGGCCUCACGUCGUGGUGUAGUGAGCGGGCUCAGUGCUCACUCCUGCUGUCAUGGUUCAGUUGCUAAACUGCAUCGUCGCUGUGUCCCAGAACAUGGGCAUCAGCAAGAAUGGUGACCUGCCCUGGCCGCCGCUCAGGAAUUAAUUCAGGUAUUUCCAGAGAAUGACCACAACCUCUUCAGUAGAAGAUAAACAGAAUUUGGUGAUUAUGGGUAGGAAGACCUGGUUCUCCAUUCCUGAGAAAAAUCGACCUUUAAAGGAUAGAAUUAAUGUAGUUCUCAGCAGGGAACUCAAGGGACCUCCACAAGGAGCUCAUUUUCUUGCCAGAAGUCUGGAUGAUGCCUUAAAACUUACUGAACAACCAGAAUUAGCAAAUAAAGUAGACAUGAUUUGGAUAAUUGGUGGCCGCUCUGUUUAUAAGGAAGCCGUGGAUCACCCAGGCCAUCUUAAACUGUUUGUGACAAGGAUCAUGCAGGACUUUGAAAGUCACACGUUUUUUCCAGAAAUUGAUUUGGAGAAAUAUAAACUUCUGCCAGAAUACCCAGGUGUUCCCUCAUGCCCAGGAGGAGAAAGGCAUUAAGUACAUAUUUGAAGU